AUGAUUGUUCAGGCAGGAGCCGCCCUUCUUUUGACGGCCACGUCUUUGGAAGAGUGCAAGCACCUCUUCCACCAACAGGCAUGUGCUGCCCAUCCAAGCUCAGGUGGAACUCUGCAAGAGUUCAAUAUCACACUGAAUACGUUCAGUGCUUUGUGCCAUGGCUAUGCGAUGACGGGUGACCUUCAGUGGUUGCCCUCUGCAGAAUCCAGCCUGGCUGAACUCCAAGCAUUGUUGCGGCGCCUGAACCCUGUGUGUCGCAGAGAAGCGAUCCGGCGCCUCUCGAUGCAACAGCGUCAGUGUCUAGAACAGUCGAUGCUCAGGAGGAAGACAUCAAAAACUGUGAGCUCGAAAAGGAAGAGAGGAGUGCUGACCGAGCGCAGCCUGUGCAAGCAGAAAGGCCUCGGCUUUAGACCUUGUGUCCACUUGCACGAAGGUUUGUAUGUCCAAGCACUGUCCUGCAAAGACUUAUCGACUGCAAUUGCCGCUCUUGGCACGCUUGUCGUCAUGCGAUGCUUUUGCAGGGCGCAACAUCGUGUCGAUCGAGUUGCCAAGCUGCGUGCUGCAGACCUGCUGGCGGCCAUUAGCAAGGCUUUGACUGACAGCCCACGUCUCGAGUUCGGAACCGACGUCUCUUUUGUGUUCCGCACCCGUUUGGCUUUGUCCGGGUGUGAACUUGCCACACCGUCUCGACGAGACCCACAGACCGCUGUGGCAGACUGGCUUGUAAUGGUUUGGGCGAUGGAUGGUGGCCGAGCAAAGCAAUGGCUCCAUUUUCAUGCAGAGAGAAGUCGAGCUCAGGCAGACACUGACAGUACUCAGCGUUUGCCUUUCAGUGGAUGGGAACUCCCUUCGACUUGCUCCCGCUUAGACUCAAGCUUUGAUGGCCAUAGGGACAUGGAGAUAUGUUCAUUCCGACAUCCGAGCAAAGCGCAGCUGGAGACGGAUGGUCAAGAUCGUGGAUGCAAAUUUGUGCAACAAGGAGUUCGUCUGAGCCGCAUCGAGCAGGCUAUUAAGCUUUGCUCAAAUAAGUCAGGGAAGCGUAGGAACAAGGCCCGGCAGAAGAGUCAUGGUGCAACUUCCUCUCAGCCCUGA